AUGAACCGACAAAGCUCAACAAGUAGCGGUCUUCAAGGCUCUCCUUCUGGAGGUUUAAAAAACUCACAACAAUUAUUUAAAAAAAGUGGCUCGCAUGGUUCUCCAACGCAUACUGCAGGUCAACAGGAAAUGCUCUAUCAUAGUGUUAGCAGCAAGACUGCUGCUCCGGAAGUAUUCUCUCUGUCCGUUGAAGAAUUAACAGAGAUUCACCAAACCAAAAAUCUCAAAGCCAUUAAUGAGCUCGGCGGUUUUGCAGGUCUUGCAAAAAUACUUCGAACGGAUCUCAAGAAAGGAAUUGAUUGGGAGAAGGAGGUCAAUUUUGAGGAGAGAUCUGCUCUCUAUGGCCUCAAUAUUUAUCCAGAGCCGCCCGCAAGAAAAAUUUGGAAAAUAUUUAUUGACUCACUGAAUGAUACAACCCUAUUAAUUUUACUCUUCUUCUCUUUCAUUUCAAUGGUUUUAGGUGUUGCAUUCCCCGACACUGAGGAUGAAAGACCUAUUGGCUGGAUUGAAGGCUUUGCAAUUUUCCUUGCCGUUGCAAUUGUCAGUAUUGUAGUCACAGUGAACGACUACUCGAAAGAACGAAAAUUCAGAUCUCUCACAAGGGAAUCCAAGAAGAUUGAGGUUAAGGUUAUUCGAGGCGGUCUCAAUCACAGUGUUUUAAUUGAUACUAUUCAAGUUGGAGAUGUUGUUGAAAUUGAACAAGGUGAUGGUAUUCCUGCCGACGGCUUGUGCAUUGAGUCGAAUCAGCUAAAAACAGACGAGUCGGUCAUGACCGGAGAGCCAGAUUUGAUUAAAAAGAACACAACUGACAGUCCGUUCUUGUUGAGUGGCUGCACAGUCGCUGAAGGCUCAGGAAAAAUGUUAGUCACUUGCGUUGGUGUCCAGAGCGAAUGGGGACGUACUUUGCAAAGUUUAAAGGAGGCCGAUGAGGAAAAAGGAUCAACUCCUCUUGAAGAGAAGCUUGACAAGCUUUCCGUGAAUAUUGGUAAGAUGGGUAUGGGCUUUGCAUUGAUGACACUGCUAGUUCUCAUAUUUGGGUAUUGGAUUAAAAAGCUCAUUCACACGACAGAGUGGAUACCACCUGCAGCAGCAUUUAAGGAAUCAUGGCAAGAACAAAAUAUUGUUGAAGUUGUCAAAUUCUUUGUUAUUGCACUCACUAUUGUGGUUGUAGCGGUUCCAGAAGGUCUUCCUCUGGCAGUAACAAUUGCAUUGGCCUACUCUGUACGUAAGAUGAUGAAGGAUCAGAAUUUAGUUCGUCACUUGGCAGCUUGUGAAACUAUGGGAGGUGCCAACAAUAUUUGCUCAGAUAAGACUGGUACUCUCACAUUGAAUCAAAUGCGAGUCACGCAUGCAUAUUUUGGAGGUCGCUAUUUUGGGGAUCAACUCUCUUCCCUCCUUUCCACGCUUAACUCGAGCGCUCUACAAAUUUUGAUCGAUGGUGUUGUGGCCAACUCUAAGGCAAAUCUCGUCAGAAUUGAAGACAACAAAACAAAAGAGUAUGCAACUCAGGGAAGUAAGACUGAGGCUGCUUUGUUGCUUCUUCUAGUGAAGCAUCUCAAUCAAACCAUUGACUCGUACCGAGAGAGAAGACAUGAUUUAUUGAGUGAGGAACGAGGUUGCCACUUACAAUUACCAUUUAGUUCUAAACUUAAAAGAAUGAGUACGGUGAUUCCCAAUCCAGAUGGUGAUACCAAGUAUCGUUUGUUCACAAAAGGCGCUUCCGAAAUUGUUCUCAAGCUGUGCUCCAGAUACAUGAAAACAGAUGGUACUGUCGAAGAUAUGAGUAGAGACAAAGAGAGUGAAAUGAUGAGAUAUAUUGAGGAGAUGGCCAAUCAAGGACUUAGAACCAUUUGCCUUGCAUUUAGGGAUGUAAAUCCUGACAGAGAAUUCACAUCUCGACAAGAUGAAAUGGAUUAUCUCGAAAACCUGGACCCAGUCACUUUGGAAGAGGACCUGGUCUGCGUCGGAAUUGUGGGUAUUAAGGAUCCAGUGAGACCUGAAGUUCCAGCAGCUAUCGCUCAGUGCAAGAAAUCAGGUAUCACGGUUCGAAUGAUUACAGGUGACAACAUCCUUACUGCCAAAUAUAUUGCAAGAGAGUGUGGGAUUCUUUCAAAGGAUGGUAUUGCGAUUGAGGGACCUGAAUUUAGAAAAAUGACACAUGACCAAAUUGCUGAAAUUCUCCCCAAACUUCAAGUGAUGGCAAGAAGCUCUCCAACCGACAAGUUCAACCUCGUCAGAUACCUGAAAAAGGCAGGAAAUGUUGUAGCUGUCACAGGAGACGGUACCAAUGACGCUCCAGCCUUAAAAGAGGCAGAUGUUGGUUUGAGCAUGGGUUUAUCAGGAACUCAAGUCGCCAAAGAGGCUUCUGAUAUUAUCAUUCUUGAUGAUAAUUUUUCUUCAAUAGUUAAAAGUGUCUUGUGGGGAAGAUCCAUCUUUGAAAAUAUUAGGAAGUUUUUGACAUUCCAAUUAACAGUGAAUGUUGUCGCUCUAGUUCUCACCAUUGUUUCUGCAAUUAGUUCUACAUUUGUGAAUGAGACAGGAGGAUUUAAACCUCCCUUAAGCCCUGUACAAAUGCUGUGGAUUAACUUGAUUAUGGACACUUUUGCUGCUCUUGCUUUGGCCACUGAGCCACCUAUUCCCGAGUUAUUGGACAGGAAACCUUAUGGCCGAAAAGAAAGUUUAAUUACACCAAAAAUGUGGGUUUUCCUGCUUGGGCAAUCCUUAUUCCAACUUAUUGUGCUUUUUACAUUGUAUUAUGGAGCCACCAGUUUUAGGAAUGGAGCAUUUUCCUUUUCAAGAAACGACGAUGAGACGAGAACUGUUGUCUUCAAUGCGUUUGUGUUUUGCCAAGUCUUUAACGAGUACAAUGCAAGAAAGAUUAACUUUGAGUACAAUAUUUUCUCAGGUCUAUUCAAAAGUGCCUGGUUCAUUUCGAUCAGUUUGAUAAUUGUGGUGUUGCAAGCAUUGAUUAUCAAUUUUGGAUAUUACGACCCAACACUAAUUGCAACCGGAAAGAACGAUGGACUUCAUGCAUCCCACUUUACUCAGACCAUUCCUCUAAAUUGGUAUCAAUGGAUGUUGACUGUUAGUAUUGGCUUCUUGAGUAUUCCUUACGGAUAUUUGAUACGUUUUGUUGCUAGAAUGGCUCUUCGAGUUAUUGGCAAGAGGAGUACCAAGAAUCGUAUUGCCGAUGAAUUUUCUGAGAGUACGACACCAGAAAGUGAAUUGUAA